AUGCUGUUCGACGAGAGGCACCACGUCCCGCUUGUCCAGCGCCUGCUGCUGGUGCUGAAGGGACGGAGGGGAAGGACUCUCGUUCUGGGCCUCUUGAUGGCCGCCCUCUCCAUUUACCUGCUUUUCGAUUACGCCGCCGAGACCGGCGAAGAAACACAAACUUACUCUGAGGACCCCGAGUCUUGGAGACAUUCGAAGACCGACGCCGUGCUCGACACGGCUCAAGAUGCAGCCCCAGCUGAUCCAAACACCGGCCAUGGCCCGCUGCCCACUUCAACAUCGUCGGCGCCGCCGCCGUUGAAGACCAAGGUUGGCCCCACCUUCCAUCUGCUCGUCCCGGCCACGGACGGCGACGCGAAUUUCUGCCGGACCAUCCUCAGUACUAUGCUGUUGGAGUAUCCGCCACCCACCAUUCUUGGCUACUCCCGGGGCGAGGAAAGCUCCAUUAUCGAAGUCGUCCAUGACCACCUGCAGCAUACCGAGGCCAUCAAGGAUGAGGACCUGGUUCUGAUUGUCGAUGGCUACCGCUCCUGGUUCCAGCUCCCCGCGUCCGUCUUGGUGCAGCAGUACCAGGCUGUCCUGGACGAGGUCAACGACAGGCUUGGGACCAAGUACGGCACGGUCAAGCCGUUGGGUGGAUCCCGGGACGCGCGGCCACUGUUCCGGCAGUCGGUUCUUUGGGCUGCCGAUGAGCAUUGUUGGCCGGUCCUGCACGGAGACGUCGCCUGCUCAGCUGUCCCAGAGUCGCCGUUCUUCUGGGACCACAGCCCGUAUGCCAAUGCCUCGGAAGAAGCGUCUGCAUACAAUCCCAAGUUCGUCAAUUCCGGGACCGUCAUCGGGCCUGCCAAGGAUCUCCGUGCCAUUUUCAAAGCCCUGAUGCACAGAUCCGCCACGCCCUACGGACACUUGGACCUGCAGCACACGCUCCAAACCCUCUACAGCGAGCAAGAGCAGGCGCGUGAGCUGAUUCGCCGCUACAACCUGGGUAUGACGGGCCGUAUGCGGGAGUGGUGGUACGGCCUCAACCCGAGCGAGAGGCCGCUCCGCAGGACCAACAUCACCAUAACUCCAGGGAAGAGCUACGAGUACUCCAUGGGCCUCGACUACAACAGCACCCUCUUCCAAUCCAUGUCCCCACCCCACUCGUUCAACGGCGACAUUGACUUCCUCAAGUCCGACUCCCAACCGCGUGACAGCUAUGAUUCCGCCUACACGACGGUCAACCCGAAGACUGGAUUACGCACCUCCUACUCUUCGAACCCGGGCCAGAAGGACCCCAUUCCUCUGCCGGAUGCCCUCCUCGAUCAACCCUCCCCGUACACUCUCCCUGAGAAGGACGCAAGCUCCGCCGCCAUCCCCGCGCGAAUAAACACCGGCCUGACCAUAACGCCCGAGCUAGACGACCUACCCCCGGCCAAAAGCGCUCCCUGGAGUCAGCUCUCACUCGCCCACAACAUGCGGGCGCGCUCCGUGCCGGCGACCCUGUAUUUCCCAUCAUUUGCCUCCAUCUCCAGCGGCGGAUCGCGCCUGGUGCGGGCGACCAGCGACAACAGCAGCGAAACGACGGACUCGGGCGACUCGGGCGACACGCUGCAGUUCCGCGACCCGCGCGACCAGCUGUGGUCGAGCCUGUGGUUCCAGCCCCACGCCCGGGCCCUGCUGCGGCGGUACAUGCGGCAGAGCACGGUGAAGGCGUACGAGGACGAGGCCGACGACAGCGGCGAGGCGGCGGCGCACGAGCGGUGGUGGCGCAGCGACCAGCGCGGCGGGCGCGGCGGCGUGUGGACCGAGUCGGACGAGUGGCUCGCGUGGGGCGACGUGUGCGCCGGGUUCGAGGACGAGGUGUUCGGCGACGCCAAGGGCGUGUGGCUGGGCGAGGCCGGCAACGCGGCGGGCGAGGCGGAGCCGGUCGAGGUCGUGGGCGACGAUGAGGAGGACGAGGGCGAGGUGAUUCCGCCGGCGGUGAUGGACCGGAUCGGCGGCGGUGCGUUUGAAGGGCCUGUCGACGGUGGCGAUGGCAGCGAUGGUGGCGUGGGCAAGUUCGUGCAGCCGGGGCCGGAACCGGAAGUCGUGGACGCUGAUGGGGAUCUGGUGACGGGGGACAAGGGAGACGACAAGCCGUCCGAUGGAGGAAAGACGGAGAAAGAAGAUGACUUGCUGGGCUUUGUGGGCGAGGUGUGGGACGAGAUCAAGGGCGCAGAGAAGGACCAGGUGGAGAGCAUGGACGACGUGCUGAGGCAGAUUGACGAAGAGAUGACCGAGAGCGACGCUCGCCUCGCUGUUAAUGUUAAAGACUUGAAUCUCACUUCACUUUUUCCCUUUUCGCUCAACUUCCAGCGCGCGACUUCCUACUCUGUCUGCCUGACCCCGUGCACACGUCUGCAAGAAUGCAUCCGGGCUGUCCUUAAAUACCGCCUGUAUCUUCCUCCACUCUCCACCCCACCGACACAGCUUUCAAGACGGCCACCACAGCAUCGCCAGUCGACCACACCAACCCCAUUUGCUCACCUCCCACAACUUCUCACGAGCCACAUCGUCAAAAUGCCCACAUGGCAAGCAGUCGACAUGCCCCUCAGGGUGCACAUUGACUUGCUCCUCGACGAUUACAGGAGGACAGACAACGGCGCGUCCAUCGCAUUUACCGACAUCGAACAGGAUGCCUCGGUACUGACGAUUUUUGUUGAUGGCUCCUCUCAAGGAGACAAGAUUGGAUUUGCCGCCGUCUGGAAGGACCCAGCUGCUCCCGUGGCCGAGCACUGGGUCCAUGACCAGGAUAGCCGCUUGAUCCGUAGUCAACCAACCGUUCAGAGGGACGGUGACGUGGCCGAGCUGACUGCAAUCAAAAUGGGGUUGAGCAACGCCCUCUUGUGGCGCCCAGACGGCGUCACCACGGUCUACAUCAUGUCGUACUCUGUCCGAAUGCUCAAGCUGAUUAAACGGUUCAAGGAGGACGCCGACGCCGCCGCCGCCGCCGACGACGACGACAACAACAACAACGACGAGGCCCAAUUCGCGCCGAUCCUUGUCCAAGUGAAGCACCUCGCAAGGCGCCUGCACAACCAGGGCGUGACCGUGACGCUGCGCUGGCUGAAGAGCCGGAGCCACGUCGACGGCCACGACGUUGCCGACAUCUGGGCGAGGAUGGCUUGUGGUGCCGACCCGGACAUCUCGGGCCAGUACUACCAGCGCCAUCAUCACAUGCGCCAGCUCGUCGCGAACCAGGCCAGGUGGGAGCGGGAGAAUGCGAACCCGGCGCUGGAUGAUGAACUUGCUGCCCUCGAGCGCGAAACGUGA